ACCAGAUGGAGCAUUGUGUACGAGAGGAUGAAUGGAAAGACGAUAAUACGAAGCCGUGACGCGGCCGCGCACAACUCUGUCACACAGAGGAAAUAAAAAUCAAACAAUCACACGAUCAAAAGAACAAAAGGAAAUGCGGCCUCCAGAAUCUAGCCGGCUUGACGUGGGUUUGGAGCGCUGGAGGAGGCGUAGGGAAUCGAGGGCUUCACAAUCUCCAUCUCCUGUCGCUCCCUGGAGCUGUGAUUCUCCUCGCGGAGAGUGCUGCUCUCCUGACGGUCGGCGUACAGUUUUCUGUCAAUCACGCAUUGAUUUUUUUCUGACAUAAGAGAAUGUGCGAUAAGCACGUUCUUCUCAUGGGAUCUUCGCGAAGAAACGUCUCGUGUGGGAUUGGGAUGAUCUAAGUUUGUGAGUGUAUACCGAAAGUUUUUGUGGUGUUCUUUCUCCCUCUCUUGAGUGUUUUUGUGGUUUUUGUGGAUUUCAUCUUUGGUUGCAAAGAUGGUUGUGCGCGUAGAGUCCGUGUCCACGAUCGUUCCAGCGGUCCCAACACCGCAGCCCUGCACUCUCUGGCUUUGCAACUUCCAAAUCCAGGUCCUGGGCGAUAACUACAUCAAGCAAGUUUACUACUACCCAGCUGCUCUGGAUCACGUAAGCUCUUUCGAUUCGCUGGUGGCGAGCUUGAAGGACUCGCUCUCCCGGAUCCUCGUCCCGUACUAUCCUCUAGCCGGGAGGCCCAGGAUCGCCGGCCUCGACCGCCCCAUCCUCGAGUGCAACGACCGCGGCAUCGAGUUCGUGGUGGCCUUCGCCGAUGCGAGCUUCGGCGACUGGGGCAAUUCCAUGAAGCAGUGCUCCAUCGAGCAGGAGCUCAACCCGGCCCAGACCGCGAUCACCGAUCCGGAGAACUUCCCUCAGCUCAAAGUUCAGGUGACCAAGUUCCGGUGUGGCGGGAUAGCUCUGGGCCUCGUCACCAGCCACACCCUCCUGGACGGCUCCUCGUUCUUCCCCUUCCUCAAGGCCUGGUCGGAGCUCCACCGGGGAUUCCCACCGCCGAAUCCACCGCCCAGCUUCGACUCCAGCCUCCUCAAGGCGCGGGAUCCGCCCUGCGUCACCGUGCCGGUCCGGGACUUCGUUGCUGUGACCCCCGCCAUCGCCGAGGAGAUGGACAAGGCCGCCCAGGACUUCAAGCCCAGUUACCACGUCCGGGCAUUCCACAUGAACGAGCAGCAGCUCGCGGAGCUCAAGCACGAGAUCGCGUCUGGCCCGUUCGCCUACGGCAGCAGCCCAACCUCCUUCGAGGCCGUCUCGGGUCUCGUCUGGAAGUGCAUCACCGAGGCCCGUGACUUCGACGACUCGGUGACCAACACUUACAUCUACGCGGUGUCCACCAAGGUGGGCAGAAACCGGUGGCAGCCACCGAUGCCGAGCGAGUACUGCGGCACCUCCUCCUUCACGCUCUGCCUGCCGUGCGCCGUGGGCGAUCUCAAGACCAAGCACGUCUCCCACGCCGCGCGGCUCUUCCACGAGGAUGUCCGCAACGUAGGCCAGGAGAGGAUCCAGUCUACCAUCGACUGGAUGGAGGAGACGCUGCGCAAGGGCCAUGAUAUCGGGCUCAACGUCUCCCCACCCAGCACCGGGAUGGGGAUCUUCAGCAUCAGCUUGCACUCGUUCCCGGUGUACGAGUUUGAGUUUGGGUGGGGGCGGCCGGCCCACUUCUCGAUGGUGCUGGAGUCGUGGUAUGGCAACGGGGUGAUGGUGCUACUUCCCACGCCUCAGGGCGGGAUGCGAGAGCGCCGGAUUGUGGUGAUGCUGCUCGAGGAGCAGAUGAAGAGGCUGCUGCAAAGCGAGCUCUUUGCGAGGUUUACAACCCUGGACUGCUAGUUCCUCUCCGCACAGGAGCUUCAAAUAAGAUUGGCGAAUGGUCCCCUUGACUCCAUGGUAUGGGCCCUGUUUCUGUGGUUUUCAUCACGCAAGCUUUCGAUAGAAAUCAAUGCACGAAGGCUACUUUUGUUUUU